AUGGUUGUAGAAACAAAGCAGUUCUGCCGAGAGUGCAACAACAUGCUCUACCCCAAGGAGGACAAACUGGAAAAAAUGCUUUACUUGGCGUGCCGAAACUGCGAGCACUUUGAAGAGGCGAUAUCGCCGACUGUUUUUACGGCCGAGUAUAAAAAGAGUGCAGGGCGCGCUGUGAUGGGUGCGGUCGUCAAGGAAAUGGCCGAAGACCCCACUCUUAGGCGGAUAAACAAAGAGUGCACGCGGUGCAGCCAUUUAGUGCACGCGGUCUUUCAGACAAAGGACAACCGGGGAGACGAGCCCUUGUCUGUAAACUACAUCUGCUGUAGAUGCUUCAAGGCAACAAACAGCCUCGACGCAAGCAAAAAAUAG